AAGUUUAUUGCUGAUAAGAGUAAGAACAUAAUUUGCUGCGCAACAAGAAUAUAGUUUCAUUCAGAAUUUUGAUUAAUUCGGAAUAAAAAUUAUUACUGUUCCUUAAAAAUUUAAGUUAUAGUGAUAAAAUCAAAUAAUACGAGUAUGAAUUUAAGGACUCAGGUGCUGUUGGUAUUGUUGUGCGUCUCAUUUGUGGAACCAUGGAUGUAUGGAUUUUCAAGGUCAUCCCGUCGAACUGAUCUCAAGCUUGAGUGCCCUGCGGUGAAGGCCAUACGAAAUUUUGAUUUGGAAUCAAUGAUGGGAUUUUGGUAUGUCGUCCAAUAUUAUGCAUCAUCUGAGGAGCUGCCCGAAUACGCUUGCAUGCAGAGUCAUUUUACUUUCUCGGAUCAAGAUCAGCAUGUAACAAUGGACUUUACAUACAUUUAUGCUGAGGAUCCCCUAAAAGAAAAACUCCAAGGAAAUAUAACUUGGAUGAUUCCUGAUUUCGAUGUUCCUGCACAUUGGAUGCACACAGAAGAUAUUUAUGAAGGAAUUUACAACACUUACAUAUUGGAUACAGACUACAAAAGUUGGGGUUUGAUAAUGCAUUGUGCGGAAAAAAAUAAAUCACCUAGAUAUUUAUCAGCCUUACUUUUAUCACGUGAACCAACUCUAGGCGAUAAUGUUAUUACUUUUCUAAGAGAGAAGCUACCUAGAUAUGACAUAGAUUUGUCCUUCAUGUUUCCUAUAAAUCAGAGUUCCUGUAAUGAACUCAGUGAAAGUGCCAAUGAAACACCUUAUACUUAUGUUGUGAAUGGUCGAAAAUUCCCAAAAAAUAUAUUUAAAAUUAUAAAUAAACACUGAAAUGUUGUAAUGUUCUAUAAAUGUCAGUUUAUUGUUAAAUUAUAAUAAAAUUCAAUUUAAGUUUUGUCCUUAA